AUGUCGCCAGCCACGGGCUCGCCAUCGUCGGCCCAAUGGCACACAGUGACGCCUCAUACCCGGCCCCUCUCCAUCUCGAUCUUAGAGCUCGCCCCGACCUCGGUCACCCUGGCGUUGACGCGCUCACCUCGGCAGCCGAAUGUCACCCCGGCGCAGCACGUCGUGCAUUCUCUCGCGCAUCAUCACUCCCACCACCUUGCGUGCACGAAGAAGAAGAAGAAGCACCGCAAGGUGGAGAGUGACGAGAACGACGACGACGACGACAGCGGUUCGGCUUCACACGUCCCUGGGGCAUAUCCCAGCCUGCUGGCCGAGGGGCAGACGUUCAAGGACAUGCUGAGUCAUGGCGUCGUGGUCACACUGGACGGGAUGCCGUGGAGCCGAAUCGUGGCACAUGUGAGCGAUGACGCGGAGGAGGAGGAGACGCCGGACGACGAUGAGGAAUGGGAGGACGAGGAAGAAUCACAUGAGGAGGAGACUGUCGGUACAACGAGCGGGACUGCACCACAUGCCGCGCGGAGACGGAAGGGCCGGCAGCCAUCGAGUGGGCGAGCACGCCGGCCCAAGGCCCAUGACAAGCCACCUGGCGCACACCGGUGGGACCGCGAACGCGCGGUCGUCGUCGUGUACGACCUGGACCCGAGCAAGGAGCAUGAGAUCGAGCUCCAGAUUGUCGGCCUCGCUGCUGAAGUCAAUGAGAGCCUUGUGCCUGUCUCCAACACCGUCCUCAUCCCGCCAGCGUCACCGAACAACUCGAGCCUACAUCCCCGAUCGCGUGCCAAUUCUCUGCGCUCGCGCUCGCGACCACGAUCACGGUCCAACUCGGUGAACACGCAAGCGCAACCGGGACCAUCUCCACUAGCGAACGCGGAGCCCGCAUCGCCGAACCGGCCCUCCACGCCUAUACCGGAAACACCGGUCGUACCGACUUCCAUUUUGAGCCCACAUGACGUUCAGACCGCGCAGACCCGCCAUCUGAUCGCUGCAGCGCACGCCGAGCGUGAGCUCCUACAGGUUCAAAUCAAAGAGGCGCGCAAGACUGCGCAACGUUCUGAAGCGGCGCUCAAGUCGGAGAUCGAGAGCUUGAAGAAGAGCAACGAAAAGGCCGGCUCGAACGACCAGAGGAACAAGCAAAAGUACCUCGCACUACAAGAGCAGGUCAAGCAGGGCCUAGCGGGGGCGGACACGGCCAGCACUGAGACCAAGGAGGUCAAGGCUGGCGUGCCUGAACUCGAGAAGCGCCUUGGCGAUGUUCUCAUGGAUUUGGAAGGAGUGAAGGGCGAAUGGGCCGAUGUGAACAAGGCCGAGGAUGAAGCGCGGGAGGCAGACAAGAAGCGGCGCCUGGACGAGGACAAGAAGCUCUCCGACGUGGGCAACAAGGUCGACAAGGUCCGUGCGAAGCGCGAUCGCAAGGAGGCCGAGCGCGCCGAGCUCGCCAAGAAGCUUGAUGAGCUUGAACGUGCGCGCGAGGACGUCGAGCGCAGAGCUGAGGAGGAAAAGACUAUGCGCCGCCAGGGAUACUACCCGGGCCACUGGAGCGCGCAGCAUCACGCUUUCGACCCGCGGCCGCCCUCGGCGCAGCCAAACACGAACAUCUUGCACCAGGGCGGCAACUACACGGGGCCCGGCUUCCGGCCGCGUGGAGGCUUCGCUCAGCGGUAUCCCUCUGGCGGUCGCCCGCCUCCCGCAGCAAGUCCGACAGUGGGCAAUUUCUAUGAGAGCUACGCUCGCCCACGCCCAGCGCCGAACCCGACCGCAGCACCCUUCCAUCCCGGCAACUUCUCUCCACCCACGGCUCAACCUCAAGCCUCUCCAGCCGCGCCGACGUUCGACUCGGCCAUCCACACGGCAUUGACACCCCCGCAGUUCCAGCACAGAAUCUACCUCCCCAACGUGCGUCCACGACCCUCGCCCAACUUCCAUCCUCCGCCCAGCGUCCUAGCCGCGCAGGCAGAGAAGACAGCUUUCCCCCCUAUUGCGGGUGCACAGCGUCCUCCCGCCCCCACUGCCGGGCCUAGCUUGGCGAGUAUCGUCACCCGGGCGGUGCUCGCCCCAGGGAGCGAGUUCAAGAACCUCGACCCAGAUGCACUUGGACAGGGCCCACCAGCUAAUGCUGCACCAGGAGCAGGCCGACCGACAGUGAGCCCAACACUAGCGAAUGCGAGUGUGCGCGGCGACUUUCCCAGUCUCUCGCCAACAGUGGGUUCGUUUUCCCCCCCGCGCCGCGGAGCUUCACCAUCGCAGCCCUCAUCACGUGAGAGCGCUUAG